UUAUUAGAUAAUAGAGAUAAUAAUUUUAUAUAUUUUAUUCAUUUGAAAUACUCCCAAUUUUUUCAACAUCAUUUAUAUAUAUAUUCUAAUUCACACCCCUGGCGCUGCAAGAAUUGCAGUCACUGGUUGGAAGGACCUCACCCCAGGGACAGCGAACAGGGAGACCACACAACCCAUUUUGCAGCUAACUUUCAAAAUUACAGGUAUAACAACAAAUCAAAAACGACCAAGGCAAAAUACUCUGAGGCAGGGUGUCCCUAUCUAGUUGGGCGAGAAGAUGCUCAGCCACAAACAGACGGCUGGCGCAUCGUUAGCUACAAAAAACGGCGCAGCAACGCUCGUCCUAGCCACUUCUCCACUGAGCACCGACACACAAACCCACAACACCUCAGGGCUUAUGGCAACUCGAAUCGCUAUCAAAGCUUAGAUCUAGAAGAUAAAUUUUAUUUUUCAUCGCAAUCAGUUGAACUGGAUAAUCAUCCCUCCAACGAUUACCAGAAAAGUAGAGAAGAUGAACCCGUGAAAAGAAUCCCAAACGUUCGUCUCUCCAAAUCAACGAAAUGCGACAAUCGAUCACUAAGAAACGCCCCUGACUACGGUGGAUCCAAACGAAGACCGACAACCUCUUCUCCGGAGGCUAGCAACCUGCCUAACGCCGCACUCAUGGAACACGGGAACUCACGGUCAAAGAAAUUGCUGCGUCAAAGGCUGCACCUGUUACAACCAAGGCUGCGCUCAGUGACAUGGAAUUGCCGGUCGUCGUCACUAGAGGUGUCGUGGGGACUCCCUCAGAUGGAACACCUCACAUGGGCAGAGCUAUUCUGGGACUCUACUGACAAAGGCAAAAGCAGCGUUCAACAGGUCACAGAUGGCCCUGAACCCACAACUUCAGGCCACACAGAAAUAAUACAAGUGUCUGACCAGGCAGGUCCCUUUGGAUCUCAAAAUCAAACUACCAUUACCGAAGUGGUCACGAAGGAAGUAAAUGGGGUAUCGACAGAUUUAUUCCAAGUUGGGGAAAAAUACUACUCCGUACUUCUUUGGAGAAUAUGGGUUCGACUCGUUAAAAUUGAAUCAAAAUCUUUUAAAUUUGCAGUGGAAAAGAGAGAUUUGGUCCUCUUUGAAUUCAAAAAGUCCUUUAUGCACAAGAUUCAAUUCAAACUCGAGCUUGUUCCCCAAAUUAUCGGGUUCAUCUAUCAGCUUAGAAAUCCUAGCCAGUCAAAGUUUGAGGAAAAAAGGCGAUUCAGAGAUAUCACGAUUUCGGUAGAAAGUAACAGAGCAGGCUACUAUGUGAAAUUGGCUAAACAAAAGGGGAUCCAUUCAGAUACCUAUGGAACCCAAAAAUUCGAGCCUAUUUAAAUUCCUUAAUAUUUUUUCUAAUUUUGAGGGCUCUCAAAGUCAGUGCAAGAUGAUUCAAUCUUUCUCCAACAUGGGCUCAUGUUAGAAUCCGAGGACCCCACAACCAUCUUUAAGUUGAUUUUACAUCAUCAAAUCCAGACAGUCGGUACCGUUGUUGAACAUGUCUUCUCUUCUGGAAAACAACCCCAGUUGCCACCGAUCGAGGCUUACUCAUGUGCCUCUGACGAUUUUGAUCAUUCGGAUGACUGCAUCUUCAAAAAUGAUUUCUUGGGGCAUGCGACGGAAAGUGACCGUCGUCCUCCUAGUUUGUACCCAGAAGAAAUUAGGAAGUCCAAAUUCAAUAAGAAAAUUUGCCGGAAAGCCAAUUUCGUAACCUCGGAAAAUUAUUUGCCAACUGACAAUUUGAACAUGCAGCUGAAAAUUUACAAAAAACCCAGAAGAAUAAAAGGCGACAUAGCAUGAGAACAAAGUCUCAAUCCAGAGACUUCCCAUGGGACUAGUUAUUUAUUUGUUUUUAUUUCUUAUUUUUGACUUGGUCACUUCUGCGUUUCUUCCUUUUUGUAAUGCUUUUCUUUUUUUUUCCUUUAUCGCAUUGUACUAUUUCCCUUUUAUCAAUAAAAUUUCCCUUUUU